GGCAGCAGCCAAUGGAUGUGGGGGGCGGACAGAACCUGUUAGGGGAGUUGUCCUCCUCCAACUAAUCCGAUUGGGUUGCCUCCUAAAAGGGCAAACACGCUUCUUCUUUUCUACUUUGAACCCCCGCCUCGCCAUACGGUACAGAAAUAGCAAAAGGCUUGGCAGAAAGAGCACUUGUUCUAGUGAGCGUCAGGACAGAUCGUCAGACAAGUUUUCAGCCGACUUCCGAGCCCGUGUUAUUAUCUUCAGUCGGAGGAAAUCGUUACAUUCCGUCUGCUCAGCAUCACCAACGAAGAGGAUAUUGUAGAGAGAGCUAGCUUACCCUGUCUUUUUGAUCUCCAAGUCGGUGCUUGUAAAUAACCAGUAUUCAACUACAAUAUUUAUAACAAAGUAACGGGCUUGUGAGUUAAGUUUGUCUGACACCUAGCUAGCUUGACAAAUUUUCAAACGUCAUUUUUUUCUUUUGGAGGGAAUGGCAUUGGACUUCGUUGCGGGCUGCAUAGGAGGUGCUGUUGGUGUUUUGGUGGGACAUCCAUUUGACACUGUAAAGGUGGGUGUCUGUUCCAUCUUCCUCACUUUUAACUCAUGUUAGGCAAUGACACGAUCCAGUACUUUGUUGUAAAAAUGUCGUUGGCAGCCUGAACUUGAACUCAGAUAGCCGAGAUUUACACAGUCGGUCUACUGUAAAAAUGAUGGAGCAAGAGAAUGAUUAUUGUAGUUUUGUUUUGGUUUUUUUGUUUUGUUAGUCAGUCUGUUAAUUUGGUAACUCAGGAUUUCUGUUACACGUGUGUAUUUUAUUAUUUCAGAAUACUUCAUUUGUACAUGUGCUGUCAAAAUGGUCUCUUACAUGUCAGUAUUUGUCAGCAACCACGUACUAGAUAUAAAGCGUAGAGAGUACUACCUCCAACAGAUCGUAAAACAGAUGACUUUAGCUUCUUUAUGCUGUUAUCCACAACCAAACAAGUUAGCAAUAUUGUUCCAACUCAUAGUUGUAUAUUUAGUUUUCAGAACAAGGAGGUGCACACACUUCUUUUUAUAUUUUAACAAAAUUGUCAUUUAUCAAUAGGUAUUUACAGACACUGGUUUCAGUACCUCAAACUGGUAUACAGUCAUUGUUUUCCACAAAGUCACAGGCACUAAAUAUAGUAAACUUGUCUAUGCAGAACUCUUGUGACUUAAAGCUAAAUUCAAUAUUUAAUGAAAAAAGAAAUGUAGAAAAAUUUUCUUCACUACUUUCACAUCGUAUGUGGUUUUCUGAGAUCAGGUUUUAUGAAUUCUCAUGUAAGGCUGAAAGACUGCAUUCAAUUUACUGUCAUAAAUCAGACACUUUAGCCAAGGAAGUUUUAAAUGUAACACACAAUUGUUUGAAUUACAGAGUACAGAGAUGGUGAAUGGUGUGGUUGCAGCUCUUUUGUACCUUGCAUUUAAUGUCAUUUCUCCCCUGAGCUGGUGUCCGGGGAGGGGCUGUCUUUAACAGCAGCAGUGUCACUGUUUUGUAGAUGAGAGAGAGAAAUAAACAACCUCUCCAUGGAAAUGUGACCUAGUGAGGCUUCAAGUUCAAAAUGUGGACAAACCUUUGUACCGUGGGACAUUUCACUGCUUCCAGUCAAUCAUACGCCAGGAAUCCAUGCUCGGUCUGUACAAAGGCAUUGGCUCUCCAAUGAUGGGCCUGACCUUCAUCAAUGCUAUAGUUUUCGGCGUCCAGGGAAAUGCCAUGCGUAAGCUUGGCAGUGACACACCUCUAAACCAGUUUCUGGCUGGAGCCGCUGCUGGAGCCAUCCAGUGUGUCAUUUGCUGCCCUAUGGAGCUGGCCAAGACACGUCUGCAGCUGCAAGGGACUGGAGAGAAGAAGUCUAAGAGGAAGAUGUAUAAGAACUCCCUGGACUGUCUAGUGAGAAUCUACAAAAAGCAGGGAAUCAGAGGUAUCAAUCGUGGCAUGGUGACCACCCUGCUGCGCGAGACGCCUGGUUUUGGUGUGUAUUUUCUCACUUAUGACGUGUUGACACGUUCACUGGGCUGUGAGCCAGGAGAUCCUUACAUGCUCCCCAAACUGUUGUUUGCUGGUGGAAUGUCUGGCAUCGCUUCCUGGAUCUCCGCCUAUCCUGUGGAUGUGAUCAAGUCACGUCUUCAGGCAGACGGGGUCGGCGGCGUCUAUCAGUACAGUGGCAUAAUGGACUGCAUCAGACAGAGCUUAAAGAAGGAGGGGUGGAGGGUGUUCUCACGUGGACUCACGUCCACUUUGCUGCGUGCAUUUCCAGUGAAUGCUGCCACGUUUGCCACUGUGACUCUAUUUUUAAUGUACAUGCGUGAGGGAGAAGAGUGUAGCAUUCAGGACUCAGAGCCACAGUCUGUCCAGCUGCAGCCUCUGCAGCCGCAGCCAACCAGCAUGCAAGCGAUUGUGCAACAGUGAGCAGCAUUUCUACAUCUAUGAGCAGCACAUCAAUCGAGUAUUGAUGGAAGUUGCAGCUUCAUGCUGAUUUAUGAUCCAUUAACUGGUGUCCCUAAUGAAAAAGGUGAACUAAUUGUAGGUAAGCAUUUGCCCAUGGAGCUUCAGCUAAGUGACCAUAUGUAGUAUUUAAAUAAUAUAUAUUUUACGAUAAAAGGUGCACUUGUAAAUAUGGUCUAUUUUUAAAAGUUUUGCACACAUUUCUUUAGAGUUUUAAUUUAGGAAACUUGACGGUUACAAUAGUGACUGUAACACUGUACAGUGACAGUUACAGAAAUGAGACUUCCUUCAGUUCAAAUGGAUGUUUGGAAUUCAUGUUAACUAUUAUACAUCUGGCAAAUGUUUAGUUACAGUUAAUUAUUACAGAGUUUAGAAUACUUGCAAACAUUAACACAUUUGUAUUGUUCCUUUUUGCAAAUGUCUAUCAGUGAAAUUAAAGCAGUUUAAAAUAUUUAAUAUAUCAAUUUUAAGCAGGUGACCAAUCCUUAAUAUUCUCUCCAUGGUCUUCAGGCCAAGUCAUCCUCUUACUGUUUACCUCCAUAUAAUGUGAGCACAGUGUUUCAGCAUCUUUUUGUAAUGGUUCCCAGUACAUAGAAAGCCUUGUGCGUGUAGACACACAUGUACGCGCUCCAUCUACGUGUCAUUUUAUGUACAUAUUGUUGUAUUCUUUUCCUGAGGUCACUACCGUGUAUGUUAUUACUUAGUGGAUCUGAAGUUUUAAUCAAGUGAGGUUGUGUUUUUAUUUCAGUUCUUUUAUUUCUGUCUACUUUAAUAAUGUACCUUGGUUUCUGAGGUUUAUGACGAAAAACAGGCUCAGAUGUUGGUCCACUGCAGUGUGACAUAAAAGUGGUUUAGAUUUUUUUUUUUUUGUUUGUUUUUAAAAAAAAACGUGAUUUCUUUGAAAUGUUUAAUUACAUUACACAAUCACUGUCUGAAACCAAAUGUGAUGCCAUUAUUAAUGUUUUUGUUCUGGACAUGUUUCAGUGUCCAAAGAAAGCACCUUAUGCUUUAAGCACAUAUUUGGUUUGAAAUAAAAUCAACUUUUUUUUUCUUUUUUUUUUUUAUUAAAUUAAAUCGAUUUUUAGAUUUCCUACGAAUGCAGGAUUCUGUUGCAGUGUAGAGCAAAACUUCAGUCAAAAUGACAGAUUUCAGUAACUUAAACUUUAAAGUUAAAAUCUUAGGCACUAAAUAGGACCAAUCUAUUUUGCUAAUGGUUCUGUUGUCUUCAAGCUUCUAAAUUUGGCCCUAAAAAUCUAUUUAAACCUCUGGACAAACUGGACAAAUCUGGUUAAGAUCCCUUCUGCUUCCCUCUCAGUGUGGGACAGAGAAGCACACAGGGUCACUCUGACCUCUGGACUUUACAAGUUAACAGCUGAUUGUGAUCACAAUCAUGUGUCAUGUUUUACAGGCUUGAAAAGCAAAACUAUAACAAAACAGACUGGUCAAGCAUAAAAAAAAACAACUUCAUGCUCUUACUUUCCUUGCAUGUAGAUGACAUACAUCUUGUCUACAUCUGUGCUUCAGAAAAGAUGCUGCUGUUACUUUUCUUAUUGAUGAGUGGCAAAUGUAAGCCUGGGACUGUAUUGUCCAAAGGCAUUGUUAUGUACAUACUGUAAGUUUUUCGUUUUCAUGUCAUGCUUUUGAUAUAAAGGUGUGAACUCACUCUAAGCUUUAGAUGUACCUAUAAUUGCUUAUUUUUCUGUUUCAACCCUUCAGCUUUUGAUUUUGUAAUGUACAUUAGACCAGGUUUGCCUGACUGUACCAGUGCAUGAUACAUCUUUGUAAGAGAGCUGCUCUGACUGUCUAAUAUUACUUUUGGGUUCUGUACUUAUUUAUGUAAAAUAUCUUGCACCAAAGCAGCAUGCGCACUAUAGUUAGGAGAAUGGUGAAAUAAAAAACACAUUUUUUCCCCACA